AUUGGUCCGCCGGGUCCCUGAGCCCGUUCCCCCCCCUUGAAGCGACUACGGCGGCUCCAAGGAGGGGGAGGGGGUAGGAGGGACGGCCGGUCCCGUCAGUCAGGCAGCGGGAGCCGCCGGGAGCGGAUGGCGGCGGCGGUAGCGGCCCCACUCGCCGCCGGGGGUGAGGAGGCGGCGGCCACGACCUCUGUUCCAGGGUCUCCGGGUCUGCCCGGGAGCCGCAGUGCAGAGAGGGCCCUGGAGGAGGCCGUGGCCACCGGGACCCUGAACCUAUCUAACCGGCGCUUGAAGCACUUCCCCCGGGGCGCGGCCCGCAGCUACGACCUGUCAGACAUCACCCAGGCUGACCUGUCCCGGAACCGGUUCCCUGAGGUGCCGGAGGCAGCAUGCCAGCUGGUGUCCCUGGAGGGCCUGAGCCUCUAUCACAAUUGCCUGAGAUGCCUGAACCCAGCCUUGGGGAAUCUCACAGCCCUUACCUACCUCAACCUCAGCCGAAACCAGCUGUCAUCGCUGCCACCCUACAUCUGCCAGCUGCCCCUGAGGGUGCUCAUCGUCAGCAACAACAAACUGGGAGCCCUGCCUCCCGACAUCAGCGCCUUGGGAAGCCUGCGGCAGCUUGAUGUGAGCGGCAAUGAGUUGCAGGCCCUCCCGGCAGAGCUAUGUAGCCUCCCUUCCCUGCGGGACCUCAGUGUGCGCAGGAACCAGCUCAGCACCCUGCCCGAUGAGCUGGGGGAUCUUCCUCUUGUCCGCCUGGAUUUCUCCUGUAACCGUGUCUCCCGCAUCCCGGUCUCCUUCUGCCGCCUCAGGCACCUGCAGGUCAUUCUGCUGGACAGCAACCCCCUGCAGAGCCCACCGGCUCAGAUCUGCCUGAAGGGGAAACUUCACAUCUUCAAGUACUUGUCAACAGCAGCUGGGCGGCGUGGGGCGUCUGCACUGGGGGACCUGGCCCCUUCCCGCCCCCCGAGUUUCAGUCCCUGCCCUGCUGAGGACUUAUUUCCGGGACGUCGGUACGAUGGCGGGCUAGACUCGGGCUUCCACAGCGUUGACAGUGGCAGCAAGAGGUGGUCUGGAAAUGAGUCAACAGAUGAAUUUUCGGAGUUGUCCUUCCGGAUCUCCGAGCUGGCCCGGGAGCCUCGGGGGCCCAGGGAGCGGAGGGAGGAUGGCUCUGCUGACGGAGACCCUGAGCAGAUUGACUUCAUUGACAGCCACGUGCCUGCGGAGGACGAGGAGCGAGGCGCUGCUGAGGAGCAGCGGCCGCCAGAGUUACGACCUGCGGCAGGGGACGCCGAGAAGGCACCCAGCAGCAGGCGGGAGGAGCCGGCGGGGGAGGAGCGGCGGCGCCCCGACACCUUGCAGCUGUGGCAGGAGCGGGAGCGGCGGCAGCAGCAGCAGCACAGUGGGGCGUGGGGGGCCCCCAGGAAGGACAGUGUUCUGAAGCUGGGGGUCAGGGCUGCUGGUGGAGGUGCUGCGUCCGUUCAGGCCGCCUACAAGUAUGUGUCCCCCCAGACCCACCUCCCCGAGCGCUGUCCCCGCACCCCGUCCCUGCCCCUCCCUCUGAUUCGCUCUCUGUCGCUCCUCAGCGGCAUGCCUAAGUCCAGUGCCACCCAGCCGGGCGCUUCAGGAGGGCAGGGAGCCCCCGCCCCCGCCCCCCAGGAGCCCCUUCCUGCAGCUGGACCAGCAACGGUGCCUGCUUCCCGGCCACUCGGCUCCAUUCAGAGACCAAACAGCUUCCUCUUCCGUUCUUCCUCUCAGAGUGGUUCAGGCCCUUCCUCACCAGACUCUGUCUUGAGACCUCGGCGAUCCCCCCAGCUUCUCGAUGAGAAGGAGCUGAUGGCACAGCUGCGCCCGGUCCUCGAGUCAAAGCUGCAGCGGCCCCUGCCCGAGGACCUGGCAGAGGCUCUGGCCAAUGGGGUCAUCCUGUGUCAGCUGGCCAACCAGCUGCGGCCCCGCUCCGUGCCCUUCAUCCACGUGCCGUCACCUGCUGUGCCAAAACUUAGUGCUCUCAAGUCUCGGAAAAAUGUGGAGAGUUUCUUAGAAGCCUGUCGAAAAAUGGGGGUGCCUGAGGCUGACCUGUGCUCGCCCUCAGAUCUCCUCCAGGGCACCGCCCAGGGGCUGUGGACCACCCUGGAGGCUGUGAGGCGGGUGGGGGGCAGGGUCCCCCCGCCCCUCUGGCCCCCCUCUGGUCUGGGCGGCUUCAUCCUCUUCUACGUGGUCCUCAUGCUGCUGCUCUAUGUCGUCUACACUCGGCUCCUGGGUUCCUAGGACCUGAAGUCACCCUUUCUCCCCGCCCCCAUUGCCCUAUUUCUAUUUAUGACUCCUUUGCGACCCCGGUCCCUACCAGUGGUGCCUUCAGCCCCUACCAAAGACACUAGUGAACCCCCUCCCCUCACAAACACUGACCUCAGAGGCCCCACUCUGGUGCACCCAGACCCUGGGCCCCCAGCCUCUGGCCACCCUCCUGUAGCCCCUUCCCUUCCCUCACUUCUCAGUGCUGAUGGUGCCUUCGUUCCCUCCAGGCCUUGCUCCCUCGGAGGGUAGAUCUCAACCUUCCUCCUUGUGCUGUCCCCCCACCGUCCCCCCACUGUUAUGGGGAGCUAAAUUAUCUAUAUUUUGUAGAGAGAACUCUAUAUUUGUAGGGGAUACAGGGGCCCAGGCUGGGUCCCUGUCUCUGUGUAUAAAUUGUACAGACCGUG